AUGAUCACAGCCCAAAAAACCCUCCUUCUUUUGUACAAAAAGUUUGGCUCUUCAAUCCUUCUAGAUCUGAUUUGGGAUGUCCACUCUCAAACAACAAAACCAGGUCUUAAUGGUUGCUUGGAAAGCUUUCAGAACAUCCUCAAGUAUAUCUGUGCCAACAUUCAUAUUGCAUCAAAGAGCAAUCUGGCUGCUCUCUCUCUCGCUUAUGUAACAGGUGGUCAGGAACUCACACAGCUGGUGCAAAACUUGAUUGAUACUACUUAG